GAUGGCUCACGGGGGCCGUCCGGCCGUAGGACCCGGGCCCGGGCUGACCGGGGCGUGAGGUCCGUCCGGCCGCAGCGCCGGCCCCCCGCCGGCCCCGCCCUCCGCCCGGACCGCACCAUGAUCACCCUGAUCACCGAGCAGCUCCAGAAUCAGAGCCUGGAGGAGCUGACGUGCCCACCCUUCAGCAUCAGCCUGGCGUUACCCGACCAUGCGGACGUCUCCAGCUGUGCCCGCCCGUUCCAGCUCGUGUCCGAGGGCGCUUCCUGGCUGGGCCUGGGCCUGGGCUCGCCCCAGCAGCCGCAUUGCCACCGGCCCGCUCCGCCCGGCCUGAGCCUGCCCCGGCCUCCGGACCCGCCGCCCGCCCCAGAGCCCCCCGGCCCCCCGCCGGCCCCGGCGCCCCCGUCCAAGAGGCACUGCCGCUCGCUGUCCAUGCCCGUGGACCUGUCCCGCUGGCGGCCCCUGUGGCGCCCGGCCCCCUCCAAACUCUGGGCCCCCGUCAAGCGGCGGGGCGGGGGCGGGCCCGGGGGCGGCCCCCAGCCGCAGCACCAGAGCCCCCCGAAGCGCGGGUCCAGCCUCAGGUUCCUCCCGGCCGCCCGGGCCUGCAGCCCGCCCUUCUUCAGCCUGGCCCUGGGCCGGGGGUCCCCCGCGGCCGGCCGCCCGGGCCCGCCCGGCCCGCAACGCCGCCUGUCGCUGUCGCCGGGCCCGGCGGGGGGCCGCCGCCCGCCCUCGGCCCGCAGCUCGCCGUCGCGCUCGCCGGGGCCGGCCCGCCGGGCCCGCGCCCUCCCCCGCAGCCGCUCGCAGCCCUGCGACCUGGACGCCCGCCGGGGCGCGGUCAAGCGGCCGCACGACGACGACCCCCGUCGCCAGAGGCCCUCUCUGGACUUCGACAAGAUGAACCAGAAGCCGUACUCGGGGGACCGCUGUCUCCCAGGCCAGGAGGAUGGCCGGAGCUCCCCGCCCCCGCCGUGGUUCAUGGCCUACAGCCCCACCAGCGGCUACGAACGGGGACUGAGCGAGAGCGAGGACGAGGAGGACGAGGAGGAGGAGGAGGAGGAGGAGGGGGCUGUGAGGUGGGACCGGAUUCUGCUCCCCAAGCGAACAUUUUCCCAGCAGGAUUUUGGGGACCUGGACUUGAAUCUGAUCGAGGAGAACUAGAGUUGGGCCGCUGAAGCCUGGGGGGCAGCAAACUUCAUGUCCACGAAUAAGGUGAUGGGCGGGG